UACAAACAUUUGCAUAAUCACAUCACAAAAAAGAUAACGAGAAGAAAGGGGCAAAGGUGGAAAGAACCCGACUUCAAUACCUUUCGCCGUCAAGUACCUCUUCGUUCGCCGUCCGCCGUCACCACAGAAGAGUGAGAAAUGGCUUGCCUGCAAUAUGGUAGGAUUACUCUCCAGCAACAGCUGAAGAAUGUGAAAACCUCAGCAGCUAUCUUCCAGAAGUGCCAAGGUGGAGAAGUACAUUUACACCAUCCACUAUUUUACGCCGCCCAAGGUGUUCGAUACAGAAAACUACAAGUCAUUCUCACUACUGGCAUAGACAAGCUUGGAAAAGCAGGGGAAACUGUGAGAGUUGCACCUGGAUAUUUUCGAAACCAUCUUAUGCCCAAAUUGCUGGCUGUACCCAAUAUUGACAAGUACAGGCAUCUCGUGGAAGAUCAACGAAAGAUUUACCAACGUGAGGAAGUUGAAGAGGUUAAAAUAGUUCCAGCUACCAAGGAAGAUAAGAUGAAAGAAUACCAGAUGGCAGCAAACCGCCUGGAUAGAACUAUGCUGGUGCUAAGAAAGCUCGCGAAGAAACCAUUGGCGAAAGAUGACAAUGGUAGGACUUUCAUUCAGGAACCUAUUGGAAAAGAUGAAAUUGUGGCUGAGGUGGCGAGACAGAUCUCUGUUCAUAUUGAACCUGAACAUUUAGUUCUGGAUACACCUUUGCACGUGAUGGGUGAGUUUGAAGUACCACUACGGAUGCCGAGGUCCAUUCCUUUGCCUGAAGGUAAAGUCCAAUGGGUUCUGCAAGUCAAAAUUAGGGGCAAAUGAAGAGAAAACUUUCAAGAACAUCCAUAAUAUGUAGUAGUGACAUAAAUACAAUGAUCACACUUGUUUCGAAUGUGAUGAUGGCCUAAAAUUUAUCGUUCAUCUGUAGUUUUAGCAUUUCUUUUUCUCGUCUUUUGGCAGAAAAAGAAGCAUUUUGUCCAGCUAUUUAAAAUUUUGGGAUUAACCUGCUGGAAAUUUUUGGUGGAUGAUGACUUAGUUGGGACUGUUUACCCUUUCUUUUCGUGUAUCUAUUCUCUGCAGGCAGCAACUUUGAUCAGUAUAAUUGUAGCUCAUAUGUGGAAUAAUUGGGAAAGUUGCAAUUUGGAUAAUAAUUACAAUUGCUAGUCAAAAA